UCAUAUCCACUUUAUCAAAACUAACUAUCAAUUAUCAAAUUUUCAAUGUUGGUGAAAAUAAAAAUUUCAAAUGAUGGAGAAACACUUGGUAGAUUUUGACUGGAAAUUAAAGAGAGAAUUAAUUGUAUUCUAUCAAUGAAAUGAAGUGUUUGUUUCGACGAUAUUUAUUGCAUCCGUGUCGAAUUCCAUACUUAAGCCGUUUUCAAAGUUUUAUUAAUCCAAUUAUUAAUUAUAAUCUAAAAUCUCGAUCAAAUGCAGCAAUCAUGAAGCUCGAACCUUCGCAAUAUGGUUUUAUAUUCUCUCCACAACUCACAACAGUACUACAAGUUUUUGAUAAGUACAAAUAUGAAAUCAGACUUUGUGGAGGAGCUGUACGUGAUAUUCUUUUGGGAAUUACUCCUACUGAUUUAGAUUUUGCAACCACAGCGACUCCUGAAGAAAUGGUUCAAAUGUUGACGAAAGAAAAUAUUAAACUAGUAAAUAAAGGUGGCUUGAAACAUGGAACAGUAACUUCUCAUGUUGAUGGUGUUAAUUUUGAAGUCACUACACUGAGAAUUGAUGUUGUCACUGAUGGCAGACGUGCUGUUGUUGAAUUCACUAAAGAUUGGAAAUUAGAUGCAGGACGAAGAGAUUUAACUGUUAACUCUUUGUUCUUAGGAAUGGAUGGUACUGUUUAUGAUUAUUUCAAUGGUUAUGAAGAUCUGAAGAAACGUCAAAUAAAAUUUGUUGGUGAUGCCAAACAACGUAUUUCUGAAGAUUUUUUAAGAAUUUUACGCUAUUUUAGAUUUUAUGGACGUUUAGCUAGUGCACCUGAUCAACAUGAUACAUACAUCCUUGAAGCAAUACGAGAAAAAGGAAAUGGGUUGAAACAGGUAUCUGGUGAAAGGAUAUGGUCAGAACUCAGUAAAAUUUUGGAAGGAAACUAUGGACCAGAACUUAUGAAAACUAUUUUAAAUUUAGGCCUUGGUCCACAUAUAGGCUUACCUAAUCAACCUAAUAUUGAUGAAUUUGAUAAAGUUAUCUAUCAAAGCAAAGGUCUUAAAUUGCUACCAAUUACCAUGUUAACAACCUUAUUAAAAGAACAACAAGAUUUGAUUGAACUUAACAAUAGAUUAAAGUUUCGCGUGUUUGAAAGAGAAAUAGGUUUAUUUUUAAUUGAAAAUAGAAAUGAACAUUGGACGUUGGAUACAUUAAAAAAAUAUAAAAUCAAAGUUAUUCAAAAUCCAUCCAAGCAAGGGGUAAUGAAGUUAUAUAUCGAACAACUGUUAAUGUAUAAAAAUGAAAGAAUCAUUCUUGAUGAAUUUGAAAAAUGGACUCCAUUAAAAUUUCCUAUAUCUGGGAACAUGAUUAGAACACAUGGAAUUAAUGAUGGAAAAAAAGUAGGAAUUAUUAUGAGAAAACUUGUUGAAUAUUGGGCAGAUGAUGAUUUCAAAACCAGUACUGAAGAAUUAUUAAAUUUAAUACCUAAAGUAGAAAAUGAACUAAGCAGUAAUGCAAUGAUACAAACAAAAAAUUAACAUAAAAUCAAUGUUCUAUCAUUAUCU